AUGAGACACCAGCCUCCGAUUGUGACACUGGAAGAAAUUCAAAAUGCCAAAGAUCUAUGUCCUCAUAGUAUGGGAGGCUGCAAAAUCCUGGAGAUCAACGCACCGACUAUAUUGAAAGUCGGACCUAUGGUUCAGAUGGGAGAAGCAGAGGCGCUCUGUCUUCUGAGGAAAUGGACGUCAGUUCCCGUCCCUGAAGUCUUCAAUGCUUACACAAUCGGCGAUGUCGGAUUCAUUUUGAUGUCGAAAAUUUCAGGGGUCACCCUAGAACACUGCUGGCAAAAUUUGACUCGGGACUCCAAAAAUUCUAUCAUCCGACAGCUUCAAAGCUUUAUUCAGGAGUGGCGCCGGAUCGAGGGACCUUACUUCGGAUCCAUUGAUGGUGGCCCAUGCGAGGACGUUCUUUUCCAGCAUUCUUGGGAUGCAAAAUCUCGGCACUAUGGACCCUUCUUAACAAGAAAGGAAUUCAAUCAAGGAGUGGUAGAGGCUCUCCGUUACUCCAGACCCAAUGCGCAGCUCACGAAAAGAGAUGAGCCUCUAGUGGAGAAAAUUCUUGUCUCGGGUGACCAGGAUGAGAGGAAGGUGCUCACGCAUGGUGAUUUGCAUCAAAGCAACAUUAUUGUAAGCGGCAAUAUCAUCACCGGAAUCAUAGACUGGGGCGCAGCUGGCUAUAGUAUAUCGGCAAGGGAAUAUUUCUGUUUACGUUGGCAAGCGUUGGAUCCAGAAUGGAGGGAUCUUAUAUCCACGAUACUCGAGACCGAUGAGUACGAAUUUUGGGCUGAAGUCAAUCAAUCCAUGUUAGAUUAUACUGGGAUCUGA